ACCGGCAUGCCAACAUUGUAAAUCCGCGGAUUCAUUCGCUCACGACCUGCAGUAGCAUAAUAAUCGAAUGCGCGCGCGAAUACCGUAUCGGGAUUUCGUUUGGAUUAAACUAAUCUUGGAGUGUUAGUGAGGGUGCAAAAUUUUUCUGAUGGGAUUUAUGGAGAAAAUUAAUAAGUGGAUGUUGAUUGGAAAGUGAAGUUUGAAUGCCACUUAUUAAGAAGAAUCAAUUCAGUGAUAACAAGAAUCGUCGAAAGUUACAGUUAACGAUAAAUGGAAAACAAAAUUAGGAAACGUGAUUCUCGGUUAAGAGCUUGCAAAGAAAUUUGAUGGAUUGACAGCAAAUGAGCUGUUCAGUGAGUAAUAUUGAUUGUCGAAAGUCAGUUUAGUGCAGUUCAAAAAUGCCAAAAUUAGAAGAUAUGAUUUUUUGUCAAGAACUCCGGAAAUAAUGUGGUGGACAACCAUCAUAUAUAAUAGCGUAUUGAAGUGAGAUUCAACGAUGUGGCAUCCACGCACGAUCAGAGUGAUGAAUGCUUGAGAUUUGAAUAGUGAAUGAUAAGCUUCAUUGCCAGUGUAUUUUUUGCUGUGUACCGUGAAACCCUACGGAUGCAUUAACCAUUAUCCAAAAAAAAACAUACAUCGAGAUCAAAAAGUCUACCCACUGCACAUUUUAACGAGCAAUGAAAGGCCAUAUAAAGCGGUGCUUUGCGCGACAGCCAUCGUGUGAAGCUCAAUCAGUGAAAUCAAUGUGGAAAAUAUAAUUAAUGUUACUGAUAGCAAAGUGUCAGAGGAAUAUCAAUUUCAGAUUUCAGCCGAUAAAAAAGCCAAUCCUCCCGUAAAAUCCUAAUCUCGUCGAAACUGUUGGCCGCUCGGUGGCCCCGUGGAGCUCAUGGGGAGUGGUGGCUAGAGGGAGAUCAACCACGAUGGCUGCAAAUCUAUCAUCCAUCCUGUACGAUUUACUCCACGGUGGAAAUGGUUCCAUAUCAGAAAACUAUACAACGUCCACCCUAGCAUUUCCUCAACCGCCGGGAGUGGUUUUCCUACCUACAGAUCUGCCGGGAUUUGUCCCAGUCGGCGGAUUCCCUGCCGAUAAUAGCAGUUGGACGAACAUCUCUCACCAUUUGCCAGCACUGUCAUCGGUGGUGGCGAAUAUUAUGAAAGCUAAUAUCACAACGAAUAUUUCUCUAUCGCUGGAAGAGUGCAGCUUGCUGAAUGUCACCUACUCCUCCGAUGGUACCAGUAGUAGUCAUCCGGGUGUCUUUUGUUUGGGCCACGCGCCAACGUUUUCCAAAUCUAGCGUAAUCCGAGUGUUUGUCCUCACGGCGAUGGCAAUCGUUUCGCUACUCGGUAAUAUUUCCACAAUGUGGAGCAUACAGAAGAACCGUAAGUUUCGGCGGCUGGUCAGACACAACUGGAGUGCCAUCUACUCGCUCAUAUUUCACCUAUCGAUAGCGGAUCUGCUGGUCACCUGUUUCUGCAUCAUCGGUGAAGCUGGCUGGAGCUACACUGUCGAGUGGGUGGCGGGAACAGUCGCCUGCAAGCUGUUCAAAAUGCUGCAAAUGUUUAGCCUAUAUCUGUCGACCUACGUGUUGGUACUGGUCGGAGUCGACCGAUGGGUUGCGGUCAAAUAUCCAAUGAAGUCGUUCAAUACAGCCCGCCGCUGCCACCGGUUCCUGCUAGCUGCCUACUCGCUGUCGUUCCUGCUCAGUAUUCCACAGUCGAUGAUUUUCCGUGUAGCGAAGGGCCCCUUCGUGGAGGAUUUCUAUCAGUGCGUCACCCAUGGUUUCUACACCGAACGAUGGCAGGAGCAACUUUACACAACUUUUACCUUGGUGUUUAUGUUCAUCAUUCCGCUGAUAAUACUCAUUGGCACAUAUCUGUCGACUUUUAGGACAAUAUCAAGUAGUGAGAAAAUGUUUAGAAUGGAAACAUCAACCGUGGACCGGUCUUUCUACCGUCGCUCGGACAACAACCGGCAGCGGCUGAUACACAAAGCCAAGAUGAAAUCCCUCCGGAUAUCAGUCGUCAUCGUGGUAGUAUUCAUUGUCUGCUGGACACCGUACUACAUCAUGAUGGUGUUGUUUAUGUUCCACGAUCCGACCGAUAGUCUCGGUGAAGACCUACAAACGGGUAUCUUCUUCUUCGGGAUGUCCAACAGUCUGAUUAAUCCACUAAUAUACGGUGCCUUCCAUCUGAUACCGAUCCGAAGGCGACACAAUCAGUACAAUCAACAUGUAAGGGAAGGAUCGCUUUAUCUCCAACGAUCAUCUACUUGCAACAACCAGAAUGGCAACAACCAUUUACCACAGCAGCACCAACAGCACCUGCAACUGCCACAGCAGAAACAUCAGCAGCUGCGAGGUUCCAAACUUGCUGCCAAAGAUGACACUUACCGAUCGCAAUCGAACCUGGCGGAGGAAAUUUCACUGAUGUCGCUAGAGAAGGACCUCAAAAGUCUCGACGAAAACGUUAACCAGAUCCACCAGAACAGUUCGGCCAGCAAACGCAGUUUAGCUCGGAAGUUUUUCUCGUUAACCCGGCUGCUACGCCGCACCAGACCCGCCAAACUCUAAUGACUGCUACGUCCAGGAACGAAUAAAUCACACAUAGUACAGAUCGGCUUAGAAAGAUAGGUAUAUUUCGGUUCAGUUCGAACACUCAAUGAUCGCCACAAGGCAGAGCCCGGAGAUGCAUAACUUCUUGCUCAAGACUAGUGGAAAAGUGAUAAAUAAUUAAGACUUAGCAUUAACUGAUGAAACCUUAGCUAUAAGUAUUUACCUAAAAGAAAUGUUUAGCAUAAGAAUCGACAAAUAAGAUUAUACGUUUGGAUGCAGAGAGAGAAUUAACGCUGUUAAUGUUCAAAGUGUUUAACGACUAUGUAAUUGAUACUGACUAGGGAUAAACUAAAUAUGCAUUACUGCAUAGAAAAAAAUAAGUUAAAACGAAAUUUUAAAUAAAGUAGAAUAGUCAUUUUCUAUUUAAAAAAACUGUUA